UCAAUCACAAAAAUUGUCUCCGUUUCGACACCCUCUCGAUAUCCACUCGUAGACCUUCCCACCUCAGGUACGACGACCUGCUGUUUCUGACUCACCAUACGAAAGGAGAACCUACAAAUAUCCCAUGCCAAUGGAUCUCACCUAAGACCUCGUAUACACCUUCAACACACCUCCCCCGCAAUCUCCGUGGACAAGAAAAAGAUUUCCAAAAUUGACCGCCGCAAUGGCGUCGACAACGGGCAAUGGCGAGAGCCAUUCUCCCAUCCAACUCCAGAGUGCCAAUGGCCAACCUGAAAAUCCUUACGCGCAACUGGUUUCUGACCAAAAGAUCGCUAUCGUUCCUUCCUUUACCCUCGAAUCGGGCGUCAUCCUGAAAAACGCCCCUGUGGCAUAUACCACGCGCGGGCAACUAUCCGAGAACGGAGACAAUGCGCUGGUAAUAUGCCAUGCGCUCAGUGGCAGCGCAGACGUGGCAGACUGGUGGGGUCCACUCCUCGGAGGACCGGGACAGGCUUUCGACACGACAAGAUUCUUCAUUGUCUGCUUGAAUAGCCUGGGGAGUCCCUACGGCAGCGCUAGCCCUAUGACGAACAAAGAUGGCGAUCCUACACUGGGAAGAUAUGGCCCAGAAUUUCCUCUUACCACGAUAAGAGAUGACGUGAAUAUCCAUAAAAUUGUCCUCGACUCCCUAGGCGUCCGACAAAUAGCGUGUGUUGUGGGCGGAUCCAUGGGAGGCAUGCUAUGCCUCGAAUAUGCAUAUUUUGGAAAAGACUAUGUGAGGUGCAUUGCACCAAUCGCUACAUCAGCAACCCACAGUGCUUGGGGGAUCAGCUGGGGCGAAGCACAGCGACAAGCUAUAUAUUCAGACCCGAAGUAUGAGGAUGGAUACUACCAAUUCGAAGAUCCCCCCACCGCAGGCUUGGGGGCUGCGCGCAUGUCUGCCCUCCUCACCUAUCGAAGCCGAGAUUCGUUCGAGGCCCGGUUUGGACGAAACACACCCGACCUUUCGAAGAGGCAGCAAAUCAACCAAGAGAAUGGCAAUGGUAAAGGAUCUUACAAUGAGCAUUGGUCGAUUCAUAAUCACGGCCACAGCCGUGCCAAAGGCUCUCGCCCUGUCUCCCGCAGCGGCACCGUAUCGGAAUCGCAAAGGGGGGAAUCAUCGUCAUCAGAUGACGCGCAGACGGCGACGUUCAAAGAUCCUCAGUUCAGUGGCAACACGGAGUACACAGUGCCUGUACCAGUCGUCAGCCGCAAAGGUUCGCGGCCCACCAACCACUACUUUUCGGCCCAGUCGUACCUGCGGUAUCAAGGUACGAAGUUUGUGACACGAUUCGAUGCCAAUUGUUAUAUCGCGAUCACGCGCAAGCUCGACACUCAUGAUGUGUCAAGAAACCGCACGUCCAGCGUGAAGGAUGCCUUGGCGCUGAUCCAGCAACCUGCCUUGGUGUUAGGCAUCGAGUCUGAUGGGCUUUUCACGAUCGCCGAGCAGGAAGAGCUUGCUAAGGAUAUUCCCAAUGGGCGGCUAGGCAAGAUCGAUAGCCCUGAAGGGCAUGAUGCGUUCCUGUUACAGUUUGAGCAGGUCAACAGCUAUCUGCUGGGAUUCUUCCGAGAAUUCCUUCCCGAGAUCAUGAACAAACCUGGCAUUGCGAGCGCCCAAGGUGAAAAUGGAGAAGUUAAGGAUGGAGUUGGUCAGAUGACCAAGAGCAGCACCUUUGGAGAGGCUGAGGUUGGUGAUUUGACUGCUUGGUGAGAAGUUGAAACGCGAAAAACCCGGUUCAAAGCGGGAUGAAUGAGACGAGGAAAGUUCCAGACCCAGUUCAACUCUGGGUACAGGCUUUUGCUCGUCAGAAAGGAGCGAGCUGUAUAAACUUGUAUCGUUGUCGUCGGUCGAGGCCGCAUUCACAAGAUACCCGGAGCCAAAGCAGGGUGGGAUUCUAUAUGCAGACAAUGAAGACAAAGAAUUUAAUGUUCGAA